AUGAGGCACCCACAUUCAAGUUUGCCUCUGGGGUUCCGAUUUCACCCCACUGAUGAAGAACUCAUCCUUCAUUAUCUAAUGAAGAAACUGACCUCCUCACCUUUCCCCGUUUCCAUCAUCGCGGACGUCGAUAUCUAUAAGUUCGAUCCCUGGGACUUACCAGAUAAAGCUGUGCUUGGUGAGAAAGAAUGGAACUUUUUCAGCCCGAGAGACAGAAAGUACCCAAAUGGUGCAAGGCCAAACGGGGCAACUAGCUCCGGGUUUUGGAAAGCAACCGGGAUUGUUAAGAUUAUAGUUGCAUCUUCAAUGGCAGCUGGGAGGGGUGGAGUGCAUUUCAAUAUUGGUGUAAAGAAAGCUUUGGUGUUUCACAGACGAAACAAGCCAAGCACACAUCUUUAA